AUGAUAGCCACAAGGUAUCUGCUGAGAAUCAGCCUGCUUCUCGUGGGCUUAUUUGCGUCACAUGCCCUAUCGAGCACCAUCAAUGCCGAUCAGGAGUGUGUUUCUGCUGUCUUUAGUAUUGUGGGAGGUCUCAGCUUUGUAGGCGUCGGCUAUGGCAAGUACUACGUAGCCAACUGCCAGAACCCGCUCAAAGUUGCCUCCAUCUACGCCGUCUCCAAGACCUACUGCCCGCCCUCUGACCUGGAUCCUGGCAUCGAAUACGUCAAGUCGUUAUGUCGAAAGUACGGCGGCGCGGAACCUUUAUCGGAGGCAGAUGUGGCUGCCAACCUGACGGAUGAAGCAAUCAGCCAGUAUCCCAUUCUUGAUCAGACUGAUGAUCUGGUCUCGACGAAUCUUACAACACCGGUUUUGAUCUCGAAGCAUUGGUUUGAUCUGGGCUUCAAGACGGAGGUCGAAUGGGCCAUGUACGGAUUCUGGGGCAUCGUUCUCCUCUUCGGAACUUUUCAUCGCCUCAUCUCCCACUUCCUCGAAGGCCGUGUGCUUCCGUCGUCGACCGGCCCCGAAGAUACCGGAUCGGCUGAUAGCCGUGAAAAAUCCAGAGCAGGAACCAAGUCACUUGGGCAUCUGUACUCGAGAAUACGCAAGGGCCUUACUACUCCCAGUGUUUUCCCUCCGUAUCACCAGCAGCUUCUGUUUGGGUGCACGAUCCCUACUCGGCUUGAGCUAUUCAUCGUUGCCUCGUACUGGAUCGUCAGCUUCGUGCUCUGCUGCGUCAGCUAUCGUCCAUUCGACGGCAACCUAUACUGGCCCAAGGUUUCUGCUCAGCUAUGGCGAUAUAUUGCCGACCGAACGGGCGUCAUGUCGUACGCCAACCUACCGCUGAUAUGGAUGUUUAGCGGCCGAAAUAACAUCUUCAUCUGGCUGACGGGCUGGCAAUUCUCCACGUUCAACCUGUUCCACAGACACAUUGCUCGCGUGGCGACAUUGCAGGCCAUUAUUCACUCCGUUGGAUACACGGCAUUUUACUACACGGCCGGUUACGGUAUGUUGAUCGCUUGCCUCUCAUGGAGAGCAACGUGUGCGAUGAGCUUUAUUGUCUUCUUCUCCUUCAGCUGGUUCCGCAGAAAGAUUUACGAGUCAUUCCUACUCAUCCACAUCGUCCUAUCUGUCGUGGUGAUUGUCGCCCUGUUCUACCACACAUCCAUCUUUGACGGCCAAUAUGACCCAUAUCUAUGGCCUCUCGUUGCCAUCUGGAGCUUCGAUCGUUUCCUGAGAAUCGUCCGGGUAGUCUACUGCAAUAUCCACGUUCGGCUGCGUAAGACAAAGCUCCAGAGAAGCAUCGCGGCCAUAGCUUACGACCAGGACGCCAACAUCAUCACCGUCCAGAUCAACACACAUGUGAAACCGGGACCAGGACAGCACUAUUAUCUGUACCAGCCCUUCCGCCUCAAAGGCUGGGAGAAUCACCCUUUCACCCUGGCCCAUUGGAACCAGCCUGGAGGACAAACAGGAUCAACAGAUGUGCAAUCGAGAACCGUGGAUGGCUCUGUUGUGACAUCGUUCGAGAGCGGUUCGCCACAUGGAGGCAUGGCAGGCGAGCAUCUUCUUUCCUUCUGGAUUCGCCCCUAUGACGGCUGGACUCGCCAUCUCCGUGACGUCUGUCUCAAGGCUCAGACCAAGUCCCAGGUUCCCGCAGUCCAUAAAGAGACCAUCCUCCUCGAAGGCCCCUACGGCAUGGCGGAGCCCUUGUGGGCUUAUGACGAGGUCCUUCUCUUCGCCGGCGGGUCUGGUAUCGCGACCAUGGUUCCGUACAUACUUGAUCACAUGGAAAGAACCACUGCGUCUAACAAAGCGAGACGAACACGCACACGCGCAUUGACGCUCGUGUGGUCAAAUCGCAGCCAAGCUUUCAUGAAGCGGGUUGCCCAGCGCGAGCUCGCCGCGGCACUUGCGCGAGACGACAUCGAGUGGAUGGCGGAGAGCAGUGUGCUCAGGGGCAAGGAGGAGACGGAUGUGUCUGAGUCGCCUGAUGGUGCGGCUGUGGCAAUUAGGAUGGGCAGGCCAGAUAUCGGGGUCAUGAUUGAGAAAGCGGCUGAGUCUGCCUCUGCGUCUGGAUCACGGCUGGCGGUGUUUGCGUGUGGCCCUGGAGAGAUGGCGGAUGCGGCGAGGGCGGCGACAUAUCGGGCGAUGAAGCAGAGCCAUUCUGUCGAGUAUUUCGAGGAGGCGUUUGGGUGGUAA